UUAUCUCAUAAACCCAAUCGUUUCAAGCCGAGAGAAAGAGAGACUCCCAAAAGACGACCCCAUUCGUGUCUCUGCCCAUUCAAUGUCGAAGAAGAAGAAGAAACAGAGCAUAGCUAUGGAAGAUCACGGUUCUCUCCGUUACCGUGACGGCAAAGGAAAGAAGAAAGAUGAUUUUUUCGAUAGAAGUGACUACGAAAUUUCUUCAAUCUUAUUGCAACUUUCACAUCCGGUCAUAUUCUCUUCUGAUUCUCCUUUGUUCCAUAAAUGGGGUCGCACUAAAAAGAGGUCCUCUUUUUCAAUUCACCUGCAUCCGCCGGAACCGGUGAUGAAAUCGCUGCCGUGUACGGCGGAGGUCGGCGAUAUGGGAAGUAAUUCGAGUUCGUCGUGCUUAACCGGCGAGGCCAAAAAAGCCAAUUCUCAAAUCAUUAAAAAGGGUUUAGAAGCAGAAUUUUGUAAAAAAAAUCAGAGUUCUUCAGUCCUCGAGGCGGAUACAGGUUUACUUAGAGCACACGUUGGUUUAAUAGCCCAGCCCAUUAGAUGUGAUCAACAUCUACCGUUUAUUGCGGUUGAUCGUACGGUCAAGGUGAGGGAUUUCGAAACGGCGUCGUUGCGUAUGGAUAACUUGGAACGACGUGGCUUUGAUCUCAACCUUCCAGCAGCAGAGGAGGGUUUUCAGAGAGUGGCAAAUAAAGUCCAAGUAGCUGCUCAAGCAAGACAAAGAAGACUAGGUUUGAUUCGAUCCAAGAAGCUUUAUAAUAGAUUCAUCUCUUCUUAUCAACUUAAGUAGUGAUAUGGGUAGUUUUUUGAAAAAACCUUUUUUGGGUUAUAAUUAUAUAGCAGAAAUAGUAGGUUUUUGUAAUGAAUACGCAACCAAGUUUCCAAUGUUUUGGUUGUGUAUACUACUCCCUCCGUUUCAUAAUGGAAACUCAAAGGAUUCUAAGAAUCCCUUUUUGAA